AUGGACUCCGCUUUUUUCACCUCACGAAUAGUACUCUUGCUUAGCCCACUGGCUACGACUUCGCUGCGUGAUUUCCUUGAGAAGCUCAAAGAGCUUCAUGAGGCGCGAAGGACAAGAAAACUUCAGAACAUCGAACUAGAGUUUCGUGAACUCAUCCAUCAAUUCUGUGAAGAAGUCCCGGCAGUUGCUGAAGCCAUUGCUGCGAUGAUUCAAGAAGACAUGACAAACAAUGAAUCGCCAACCCAGCAAUUUGUUUCAGACUCGUCUCACCGGUUACCAAAACGCAAGCAGGAACAAGAUCCGCCUCAUUCACUGAGUCAUUCAAUCGAGCCCGCUUCAAAGAAGCCGCGACGCAUAACGCAAUCAAGAGGUUUUCUCGACAAUCCAACCCCUUCGAUAGAGGGAGAAAUGAUUCAUUUAAGUUUUUGA